AUGGAUUCUGAGAACGGAUCAAGGAGAGGCGAGGGCAAGAUUCUUGAGCCUCAAGAAAUCUCAUCAUCAAAAUGGGACCUGCUUCAAGGUGUCAUAUGGGACGGCCCCCGACCAAAAGAAGAGCAACGCCUCGUGCAACGCCUUGACUUCUUUGUGCUAAGCUGGGCUACUUUCGGUUAUUUCGUCAGACUGCUGGACUCAAGCAACAUCACCAAUGCGUAUGUUAGUGGUAUGAAGGAGGACUUGGAUUUUCAAGGCAAUGAGUACAACCUGCUUCAAACUUUCUUUACAUGCGGCUAUCUAGUUGGCCAAAUUCCUUCGCAAUUUUUGCUCACUCGCAUUCGGCCUUCAAUUUACUUACCCAUGGCUGAACUUCUCUGGACCAUUGUCACCUUUUGUUUUGCUGCCGUUCAAGACGUCCGUCAGGUUUUCGCCUUGAGGUUCCUGCUAGGAUUUCUAGAGAGCCCUUUCGCAGUUGGCGUUUUGACCAUCAUGGGGAGCUGGUACACGCCUCGAGAGCUGUCGAAACGCAUCUCAAUUUUCUACUCGGCCAGCUACGCCGCAAGCAUGUUCAGCGGAUAUCUCCAGGCCGCAAUUUAUAAAGGCCUCAAUGGAACCAGCGACCUUCCCGGCUGGCGGUGGCUUUUCAUUUUCUGUGGUUUAAUAUCGAUCUGGGCUCCCAUCUGGGGAUUCUUUGCUGUUCCUGAUAACCCUCAUAUCACAAGAGCUCGUUGGAUGCGUCAGGGUGAGCAGGCUAGGCACAUCAUGCGCAUGGAAGCUAUCGAUCGGCGUAAACCUGAACCUUUGACGAAAGCCAGAGUCUUGGCUAUUUUCACGAACUGGCCCAUUUAUGUCUUUACUUUUGCGUUGAUUUGCCAUUGUGUUGUCACACAACCCCUCAACUACUUCUCAGUCUGGCUGAAGUCUUUGAACCGUUUCACAGUCUACCAGAUCAACCUCUUUCCUACCGCAGCACAAGCCGUCGGCUUAGUGACUACUUUGCUCUAUGCCUGGGUAUCUGAUGGACUGGGAAUGAGAUGGCAGAUCUUGCUGGUGCCAGCUAUGAUCAAUUUGAUCGGCAUGGCCAUGGUAGCUGCUGAGGCUAGCUAUGCAUUGACGUUUGUCGGAUACGUCAUCAAUGCCGCUUCUUGGGGCUUCUGGCCAGUUCUAUACGCAUGGGCUAUCGAGAUCAUGCACAAAAAUAUGGAGGAACGCGCGAUUGUCAUUGGAGUCGCCCAAACUCUAGGCCAAGCCUUUAUCGCAUGGGUUCCAGUGGUAAUCCUUGAUGUGGGAAAAUACGCGCCUUCCUUCCACAUGGGUUUCUCUGUCAUGUGCGGAGUGAGUGUUUUAGAGCUUUCAAGUAUCUUCUUGAUCAGAUACUUCGAGAAGCGGGAGGAGGCGAAGAUCGAGCAGGCAUCCACCAGCGAGUGA